UCCUAACUGAGUUGGCUUUGCUUUCAAUUUCGAGGAUGUAGUUGAACUCGUUCUAUUCCAUAAUCAGUUUGUUCCCAAGCCUUGUCCUGUAAGGUGUGUUUAUCGUCGACUUUUCCGUAUAAAUAUUUUAAAUCCACCAUGUGUUGCCCUAGCCGCUAUUACCGCUCCACUCCCUGCGUCCAGUGCUGUCUAAUUGACUGCAGCUACUGCUGUCCUACAUCGCAGUGCGGAGGUCCUUACUGUGUUACCGCCUAUUCACCAAUGCUAGGCAAUAUUGAAUGUCGAUGGCAAAAAAACACCUUAACGGGACAGAAUCCAUCUAGUAAUCCCUGAAUUCCAGUGCCUGCCAAAAUCUUUCAAGUUGCCCAAUGACAACGGGAGAAAUCAUCAGUCUGACUUUGAGUCUCGUCAUGAACACGACACAAAAAUCAUAAAUCAUCAUCAAAAUCAUUCCAAUAGUAUAAACUUUUUGGAAAUAGGUUGAGUUCUUUCGGGUACUCCUUGUCGAACGCAGCCGUCAAAUUUUACGAACUCCAAGAUGUGCUGCAAUCCAGGAGGCUGCUGCAAUCUACCCGCAUGCAUCCAAUGCACCAACUUUUGCUACAACUGCUGGACAGGCACUGCAACAAUGCCGUGUUGCCGCUGCAGCGGCAGCUGCUGUUGCGGUCCGCGGUGCUGAAGGCUUUAGGUGAACAAAACAUAGUGGAACAAUAAAUGUAAAAAAAAAAAAAACAG